CGUUCCCCGUCCAGCUCCGUCCUGGGGGGCGGCGCGCACAGCCAACCGGUCGUCCCCCCGCCCCUCAGUUCUGGGGGGUGGCGCGCGCAAUCAGCCGGUCGUCCUCCCGGCCCCCUCAGUCCUGGCGGGGAGCGCGCGCAAUCAGCCGGUCGUCCCCGCAGUCCAGAGCCAGCCCGCCUUCUCCCUACCGAUCGCUGUUCCUGGGGGCAUGGUGCGGAGUCGGCCCGCAUCCGCGCCUCGGCCCGCUGUUCCUGGAGGGGGGGGUGCACAGCCAGCCCGCCUUCCUCUCGCGGCCCGCUCUUCCUGGCGGGGGCGUGCGGAGUCAGCCCGCUUUCGCUCCACGGCCCGCUCUUCUUGGUGGGGUCCCGGCCGUGCACAGCCAGCCCGCCUUCACGCCACGGCCCGCUGUACCUGGUGGGGGGGUGCGGAGCCAGCUCGCAGCGAGUACUGGCUUCCCCAUCGAGGUGGGGACUGAGCCACGUGGCGUUUCUAACUAUCCUUUCACCCCCCACUUUAACAUGCCACCUACUCGGAGAAGAAAGCUGCGCUCGUUGCCCCCGCUGCAUAACUUCAAUCUCGUCCACUUCAAGCGGCCCAUCACAACUACGAGCGAGCACAACCUUUUCCUGGAACUGUACAUGAAGCAUGCAACCAAAGGCGGGACGAAUUACAGAGCCGUUCUGAUGGAGUUCAACUCAGCAGUCGUAAGGCAACUCUGGGGCCUCGCGCAAGGUGGUUAUCAGCAAGCUAUAGACAGCGACCUUUACUUCAAGGACUACCGCGACAUUACACGCUACGAGCGCCAGCUUGUACGCUCACUCCUUUCGCGCGAAGCGGACAAUACAAGCGUAGCCUUGAGUUCCGCAUUCGAGCAUGCUAGCACGUCUCCGACAGGGGCGACCGUGACCCCUCCAAGCUCUCCUUUUCCUCCUCAGACGUUGGGCUGCGGGCCUCUAGAUCAGGGGCGGAGCAAUAUUGCAGCGAGCCCGCUGGAGCAGGUCGAUCCGUCCAGUGGUGCGCCGGAGAACCUUGUUCAGCAGUACACCGGUCCGCUUGUUGUCCGACCGCUGGGAGUGGAAAGCUCUCGACCGAAGGCGGGGAAUCAGGGCGCCGUUGCGGCUGCGCCGCAACAAUAUCACGUUGAGGAACCGGAAGGGGUCGGGCCCUGCGGGCCCGACCCCUUAUCGCCUCCGGCGAUGGCCGGCCCGACCCCCUGA